UUAACCCGCGAAUUUCUCAGCGUUCAAAAAUGCCUCACCACCGUCUCUCUCUCUCUUUCUCUCUGUGUCUCUGCAAUCUCUUCCCCGUUUCCUUCUCUCUACAUUCCCGUUCCCCUUCUCCGCCAAACACAACCCUAUUUCCCCGAAUCAAACCAACCUCCUCCUCCGCCGUCGACCUAGUUCGGGCGCGGAAUCCGUUAACCCCGGAAUCCGCCAUGGAAGAUGUAUAGAAUACUAUCGACGCCGGCGUCAAAGCUCCGCCACUUCCGGCGACUGCGCUCCAGACCCAAAACAGACGAAGAAAACGCGCAGCACAUCCUAUGGCAUUACCAGAUCCUCGACCCAGACAGCGACAUUGUUGCUUACUGGAACAAGGUCUUCCUCAUCGCCAGCCUUCUCGCGCUCUUCAUCGACCCUCUCUACUUCUUCCUCCCCACCGUCGGCGGCCCUGCUUGCCUCCAGGCCAAUCGCAGCCUCGGCCGUUUCCUCAACGUGCUCCGCUCCUUCGCCGACCUCUUCUACCUCCUCCACAUGAUCAUGAAGUUCCGCACCGCCUUCGUCGCCCCCAAUUCUAGAAUCUUCGGCCGCGGUGACCUCAUCAUGGAUCCCUGGGAAAUCGCUUCCCGUUACUUGAGAUCCGAUUUCGUCAUUGACCUCGCCGCCACCAUCCCUUUGCCCCAGAUUGUGAUUUGGUUAGUGAUUCCGGCGAGUAGAACGGGAACUGAUCAUACCAACAACACUCUUGCGCUUUUCAUUCUUAUUCAGUACAUUCCUCGAUUGUUUCUCAUCUUUCCUUUGAACCAGCGUAUUCAGAAAACCACUGGUGUUAUCGCGAAGACUCCCUGGAUUGGAGCCGCCUACAAUCUUGUCCUCUACAUGCUUGCUAGCCAUGUUACAGGAGCAACCUGGUAUCUUUCGUCAAUAGGGAGACAAUUUAACUGCUGGAAAAUGCAGUGCCAUGAUGAAAAUAAAUCACAUCGCCUGUCUUGCUUGCCUAGUUAUCUUGAUUGUAAUAGUUUGGAUCUACCUGAAAGGCAAUACUGGCUGAAUAUCACUCGUGUGGUUAGCAAGUGCGAUGCCAAGAGCAAGAUCAACAUCAAAUAUAAAUUUGGGAUGUUUGCAGAUGCUUUCCUUAAUGAUGUUGUCUCUUCCAGUUUUAAGGAAAGAUACUUCUAUUGUCUGUGGUGGGGUUUAAGAAAUUUAAGCUCAUAUGGACAGAAUUUGGAUACAACAACAUACCUUGUGGAGACCUGUUUUUGCAUCAUCUUAUGUAUUGCUGGAUUAGUUCUUUUUUCACUUUUGAUUGGAAACUUUCAGACGUACUUGUCAUCGAUGUCUAUUAGACUAGAAGAGUGGAGGAUCAGGAAAAGAGACACUGAGGAGUGGAUGAGGCAUCGCCAGUUACCUCAAGAUUUGCAAGCACGUGUCCGGCGCUUUGUUCAAUAUAAAUGGCUUGCAACAAGAGGAGUAAAUGAAGAAGCCUUACUGCUUUCGUUACCUUUGGAUCUUCGUCGAGAAAUUCAACAUCACUUGUGUCUUUCUCUUGUGCGGCGUGUACCUUUCUUCUCACAAAUGGACGAUCAGCUCCUUGAUGCCAUUUGUGAACGCCUUGUGUCAUCAUUAAGCACCCAAGGAACCUACAUAUUUCGAGAGGGCGAUCCAGUGGAUGAAAUGCUGUUCAUCAUUAGAGGGCAAUUGGAGAGCUCUACAACAAAUGGAGGAAAGUAUGGAUUCUUCAAUUCCAUUACACUCAGGCCUGGUGACUUCUGUGGAGAGGAAUUGUUGACAUGGGCCUUAAUGCCAAACUCAACCCUCAACCUACCUUCUUCCACUCGUACAGUCAAGGCUCUCACUGAAGUAGAAGCUUUCGCGCUACAGGCAGAGGAUCUGAAAUUUGUGGCGAGUCAGUUCAAGCGCCUCCACAGCAAGAAACUUCAGCACGCUUUUAGGUUUUAUUCCCAUCAAUGGAGGACAUGGGGUUGUUGCUUCAUACAAGUUGCCUGGAGAAGGUAUCAGAAGAGGAAGGCAUCAAGGGAGUUAUCACUAAGAGAGAGGCUUUACAUGGCAGAGCCUGCUACACAGAAUGAUUAUUACAUGGGAAGGUAUGAAAGUGAAGAUUACGAGGAUACGGUCGGGGAAUCAUCAUCAGCGGAUGGGAAAAAGGUUCAAAAUCUCGGUGCAACUGUUUUGGCCUCAAGGUUUGCUACCAAUACAAAGAAAGGGAACCAUAAGCUUCAAGGUGGUGAUCCUGUGCCCCAAUUGUUCAAGCCAGACGAACCUGAUUUCUCCAUGGACCAUGAUGAUGUUUAGUGAGUACAAGAAUCAAUCAACAGCUGAAAAAUGAGUUUAACUUUGUUUAAAUAGGAAGUUUUAUGACAUGGAUGUAAAUGUUAUUGAUAGAUUAGAAAUUGUGAUCACGUUCUUUAUUCUUUGCCUUAAACGAAUUCUCAUUUCACA